AUGCCUCUCAGCGACAGUCUUCAACCCCCUCUGACCCCCGCCGAGCGCGCCAUCGUCAAGUCCUACGGCGGCUGGACCAUGUUCCUACUUAGUUAUGGACUGAAGCCGUGGAAUGAGGACGAGAACGAGGAGGGGAAGAGGAUUGUGGAGGCGUUGGCGGAGGAUUCGGAUUGA